ACGUGUAUUUCUGCGCUUGUUGCGUCUAUCCGAACGCACGUCUAGCCGCGACACGGGGAUUCCCCCAAUUCACAAAAAAUGUCAGUUGGUGUUAUGUAAAGUCAAGUGAACUCGAAUGUCAUUGGUUUAUUAAGUUAAAUAUUGUUUAGUGUGUUGAAUUUGAACAAUGCCGCGCGAGAAAGAUCCAGUGUGGUCAUUCUUUAGUUGCACGAAGACAAAAAAUACUGGGUUAUGGGCUCGGUGCAAAAAAUGUGACAAAGAGAUGCAAGGAAUACUAAAUAGAAUGAAAUCUCACGUAAAAGUAUGUCAGCCGCAAGUACACAUAGCAGAACCAGAUCCACAGCCAUCAUUGCCAUCAACCAGUUCCAGUUCAGUUCAGUCUCAGUCACAUCUGACUGGGCAAAACACAGGCAAAACAAUAGAAGCUAGUGAAGAAACUGGAAGUAGCCGAAAGCAGUUAUCUACACAAUCGAAAAUACUAUGUCUUAAAAAUUCCGAAGUCAUAACAACAACCAAGGAAUAUAAGCAAAAAAUUGAUAUGCAGGUCGGAAAAUACUUUUACGCGACUAACACUCCAUUCAAUCAUGUUGAACACGAAGAGUUUAAAAAAUUAUGCGCCCUUUUACGUCCUGGGUAUAGACCUCCAUCAGCAUAUGAAAUAGGCAAUCCCAUAUUAGAAAAAAAUUAUGCUGAGACAAUGACUAUAUGUAAAGAAAAACUUACGAAUCAAACAGUUUGCAUGUCUCAGGAUGGCUGGAGCAAUGUUCAUACUGAACCUCUGGUUUGCAGCAACAUUGUUACUGCUCAAGGCGACUCAAUUUUUGUUGAUUGUGCGGAUACAAAAGAAAAUCCACACACAGCUCUUAAUUUGAAGGACAUCGCACUAAAAUCAAUCGCUAAAGCUAAGCAGGAAUUAGGCGUUACUGUUAGAAGUUUUGUCACAGACAGUGCUGCUAAUGAGCGAUUAAUGCGGAGUCAUCUUGAGAAAACUGAAGACGUGGACAUAAUACAAUAUGGAUGUUCAGCUCACAUCUUAAAUCUACUGGCUAAAGAUUUGGAGAUCCCUGCCGUUACCGCAUCGAUAAUGAAAGUAAUAAAAUACUUUCGCAACCAUCACAUUCCAGCAGCUCUAUACAAACAAGCAGGUGGUAAAAAGUUAGUCCUCCCUCUAGAAGUACGUUGGAACACGAUGAACGACGCUAUUCGCUCGUAUCUGGAUAACAGAGGAAUUUUAGUUCAAGUUAGCCAAGACCAUAAAGACAAAAUCGAUAGGGAGGUUAUAAAAAUUGUGAAUGACUGUCAGAUUACAAUGAAUGCUGUAGAUUUCCUUAAAACAUUGUCACCCAUUGCAACAGCUCUCGACAGGAUGCAACGUAAUACUACCACAAUAGCUAUAGCUGUUGAAAUAUGGAAUAAACUCGAGUUUGACCUGUUGGGUAACAGUGCAUACCAAAAUGCAAAAACAAAGAAAAUCUUUUUGAGUCGUAGAGCAAUGGCACUGCAAGGCUUACAUUACGCUGCAAAUAUGGUAGAUCAUAGGUUCCUUGGUCGAAACCUAAACAAUGAACAGAAAAAACAAGCGUAUAACUUCAUAACUGCUGGAGAAGUUGAUGAAAACUUUGCUCCUUUCAUAAUGGCACUAACAGCAAAAGCUUACCCUUUUCCCAAAUUCAUGUUUGGCGAAACGUUCAAGAACACCUGCCCUAUUUUGUGGUGGACUUCCGUGACUCUAGAAGAUGAAGAGAGAUGGCCACAAAAAGAAAAGUUCGUAAAGUUUUGUGAACAGUUAUUAACCGCAAUAGCUUCAACUGCACCAUUAGAGAGAUGUUUUUCAUCAUUUGGGCUAGUGCAGUCAAAGCUAAAAACAGACUGGGCAAUGAAAAGGCUGCAAAGCUGGUAUUCUUGUUUAAAUAUUAUAACCAAGAGGAUAAAACCAAGAAGCAAGAUCUUAGUUGGAUUUUAG